AGCUGAUCAUCGUCGUGACUUGGACCACCAUUGCAAAGGCAUAUAUAAUGCCAAUAGAACGCAUCUACAUUGGUUAUACUAACCCGCCUCAAUACAUCCCUGCAUUCACAGGAUAUCAUUAUUCCGCCCCACAGCCAGUCAUGACCAAACCGUUCGUUCUUCGCUGGGGCAUUAUCUCAACUGGCAGGAUAGCCAAUUGUUUCGUAACAGAUCUUCUUGUUGAUCCCGAAACCCGUGAUGUCACUGAUGUAGCGCACAAAGUGACUGCUGUUGGGUCGCGAAGCAUCCAAUCAGCAGAAAAGUUCAUCGCCGAAUAUGCCAAGGGUGAUAAGUCGAUUCAAGCAUAUGGGAGCUAUGCUGGUGUCUUUGCGGAUCCGAACGUCGAUGCAGUUUACAUUGCCACACCUCAUACUCUUCACUAUGAAAACGCACUCGACGCGAUCAAGGCAAAGAAACACGUUCUUUGCGAAAAACCCGUGACAUCAAAUGCAGCUGAGCUUCGGUCGCUUCUUGCAGCUGCAAAAGAGCAUGGAGUGUUCUUCAUGGAAGCUCUUUGGACACGCUUCCAGCCUCUUACACUCGAGGUCAAGAAAAUUUCGGAAAGUGGUGUAUUGGGUGCACCAUUGGCUCUCCAAGCCGACUUGUCAGAUGACUUUAAGCUUGACGAAAUUCCCAAGACUCACCGCGCCUUGGAUCCUGCCCUUGGUGGUGGCGCGUUACUAGAUUUGGGACCAUAUCCUCUUAUUUGGGCCAUUCUCGCCCUGUAUGAGCACCCUUAUAACCAAGGAGCUGCUCCCAGCAACGUCAGUGGGACAAUGUUGAAAACCCCUCUGACAGGGGUUGACUGCAACACCUCCUUCACGGUCACCUUUGUCGAAAGGGAAUUAGCUGCACAAGCCAUUCUGUCAUGCAACAUGAACAUAGCUUCCUAUCAUACCGGUGCCGUAAUUCGAUAUGAGAAGGGUAUGAUCACAAUUGCAGCGCCGAUAUACUGCCCGAAGAGUUUCACUGUGCAGUACCUCGAAGGCAGCAAAGUGACAAAGGAGGAGACAAGGCAAUUUGAGUAUGUUGGCACUGGAUGGCAUUUUCAGGCAGAUGAGGUUGCACGGUGUGUGCGCGAUAAAAAGAGUGAGAGUUCGCUCUGGGGACACGAUAAAAGCCUGGUGGAGAUGGAUGUCUUCGACGAGGUCAGACGCCAGGGAAACUAUAAGUUUCCCCCUGGUGUAGAGAAGGUGGUGUAAGGGAUGUGGAAGCUUUGAACAAUAUUGAUCUGCAUAUAGUUCGUUCGGAAGUGCACCUGUAAUUUAUACUGCGCGUCGUGUUGUUAAAUUCGACUGGUCUGGUGAAUGUGCU